AUGAUUAAGAGCUUUUCCUACCAUAUAAUACUGAGAUGGGUUCAGGAAGAGGAAGAAUGUGUAAAAGAAAAUAAUGGAAAUGCAUUGAAGUUCAUAAUUUUAGACAUGACAUCUAUUACAACAAUAGACACAAGUGGACUUGAAAAUUUAGGUGAACUUAGAAAUAUACUCGAAAAGAGAUCACUUCAGUUUGUGUUGGUAAAUUCUAUUGGAAAUAUGAUGGAAAAGUUACAUAUGUUGAAGAUUUUGGAUACCUUUGGAUUUAAAGUAGUAUAUCUCACAUUUACUUGCAUGAAAACAUCAGAACAUACUAUGCUGAGACAACAGACAAUGUGUCAGAGGUGUAGAGCUAGACUGCCGCAAAGGGUUACAGGUCGUAUGCGGAUCGCAUGGUGGUACCGCGGUCAUGAGAAGGUUUGGUCUCAUGUCUUUGAGUUUUUUUACUUAUUUUUUGGUUCUGAAAUCUUAAGGUUGUUGUUGGUUCUACAAGUUUCAUGUUAUGGAUUUUAUGGGGAUAAGAGGUUGAUUGUUGAUUCAGUUUUAUGCAGAACUGAAUGGGAUCUGCUUCUUAAUAUUCCGAUUUCUAUAUCAGCUAAUCCCGAAAGUCCAUACGUGUUUAUAUGGGGGUGUGACCCUUUGGAAUUCUCUGUAAAAUCAGCAUUUUGCAGACUGAUUUCUCUGGUUCAACAUGAUUUCAUUCCAAACUCGACCACGACAAAAUCUUUGAAUUAUGUUUCAAAAGUGAAUAUAUAA